GCUCUCAGAAUCAGCUUUCAUUAAGCAAUUUCCUCUUUUCACUUUGGUCAAGAGGAGGGGCAGAAAAAUCAUGAGGUUGAGUACCACUCAGAGCAAAUUUAGUUUUGCCUGUCCUCUUGGAGCCUCUUCGGGUAUACAGACAAAUACAAGCCAACGUUUUCCCCAAUUGGAUCAGUUUCCUCCACCAGCAUCACUUCGGGAUAGUGACACAGAAAACACACUCUACAUACUCCCAAGAUGAUUGAGCAGGAGAUCACUUAUUCAACUGUGAGAGUUCAUAAGCCUUCAGGUUUGCAGAACCAAGUGAGGCACGAGGAGGAGACUCAGGAUCCCAGAGAGGCUGGCCACAGAGAGUGCUCUGUUCCCCGGCACCUCAUUGUGAUAGCUUUUGGAAUCCUGUGUGCCUUUCUGCUGGUAACUGUUGCAGUGUUGGUGAAAAACAGUUUUCAGUAUAGUCAAGAAAAACAUGAACUGCAGGAAACUGUGACCAACCUCCACCAUAACUGUAGCACCAUGCAAAAUGAUGUCAACUUAAAGGAAGAACUGCUGAAAAAUAAGACUAUAGAGUGUAGUGAAGGCAACAAUCUUCUGGAAUCCCUCAACAGAGAACAGAGCAGAUGGUACAGUGAAACCAAGACUGAUUUGGAUUCCUCACAGCACACAGGUAGAGGAGUUGAAAGACACUGGUUCUGCUAUGGUAUAAAAUGUUAUUAUUUCAUCAUGGACAGAAAAACAUGGAGUGGAUGUAAACAGAUUUGUGUGAAUUACAAGCUAUCUCUUCUGAAGAUAGAUGAUGAGGAUGAACUGAGGUUCCUUCAGCUCCAGGUUUUUAGAAACAGUUACUGGAUUGGAUUGUCAUAUGAUAAUAAAAAAAAGGAUUGGGCAUGGAUUGACAAUGGCCAAUAUAAACUGAAAGUCAAUUUCAAGCCUGGAGGAUGUGGAUUUUUAUCUAAAGCAAGACUAGAAAAUACUAAGUGUGAAAAUUCCUACCCUUGUAUUUGUGGAAAGAGACUGGAUAAAUUCCCUUGUUAACUCUCCACCAAGAGUAAAAGAACAUAGUCUGCUGUGCAAACAGAAAGAUCAGGCUGCAAACGCAUUGGGAAUGUUCUCUGACCUGAUAGAGGAGAGGCCAUCUUACUUUCUGAUGGAGACAGGACACUGGUGAUGUCCUCUGGUGCAUGGACAAACUUUACCCCAACUCUCAAGGAUUCUGUUCUUUCUGCUUUGUUGUACUCCUAUAAAACUAAAUAAAGAACCCUAAUAAAUA